AUAAGUAUCAAUCAUGCAAAACGUUGGAGAGAGAUCAGAUCAUCGCCCAGUGGUGCAGAGCACAGACAUGGAGGAAUAUGCCACAGCCAAACAGCCCCCCCUUCUUCACACGCUCACGCCCUCCCGCCUCACGCUUGCCAACCGUGCGUUCGCACUGGUUUACACGUGCGCCAUCCUCGCCGUGCUCUGCCGCCAUGCAGCGGCCGCCCUGGGCUCCGCCACCUAUCUCUCCUUGGUCACCUCCGCUACCUUCUUCAUCGCCGACUUGGUUCUAGGGUUCUUGUGGUUCUCCGCGCAGUCCUUCCGCUUCCGCCCGGUCCACCGCCGCGCCUUCCCGGAAAACCUGGAGAAAGUGGUGAAGAGACGGGAUUUUCCGGCGCUGGACAUCUUCAUAUGCACGGCGGACCCCUACAAGGAGCCGCCGAUGACCGUGGUGAACACUGCCCUGUCGGUGAUGGCUUACGAUUAUCCGCCGGAGAAGAUUUCGGUGUAUGUUUCGGACGACGGCGGCUCCCAGCUGACUCUGUUUGCGUUCAUGGAGGCCGCCAGGUUUGCAAGCCAUUGGAUACCCUUUUGCAGGAAGAAGGAGAUUGUGGAGAGAUGCCCAGAAGCUUUUUUCGGAUCAAAUAACAGUCAAUCCUCGGAGACUGAACAAAUUAAGGUGUUGUUGGAGGCCAGGGAAGACAGAGACAUAACAGGGCAAUCCAUGCCAAAUUUGGUGUAUGUGUCCAGAGAGAAGAGCAAAAUGUCUUCCCAUCACUUUAAGGCUGGAGCCCUUAAUGCCCUGCUUCGAGUGUCAGCUAUUAUGACAAAUGCACCCAUAAUAUUGACUCUGGAUUGUGACAUGUACUCUAAUGACUCUAAAACACUCCAGAUUAUGCUAUGUUUCUUUUGUGAUCCCAAAAUCAAGCCCAAUUUAGGGUAUGUUCAGUUCCCUCAACACUUCCAUGGGAUUGACAAGCAUGAUAUCUAUGCCAAUCAGUUUAAACGUUUUGAAAUUAAUGCAACCGGACUCGAUGGGCUAGUAGGCCCAGACUAUUCUGGAUCCGGGUGUUUUUUCUGUCGUCGAGUUUUCUUUGGGGGCCCAUUGUCUUUUGUGGGCCCUGAGAUCCCCGAGCUUAAGCCAGACCAUAUGGUGGACAAGCCCAUCAAGGCCCAACCAAUAAUGGCAUUGGGACACCAUGUAGCAAGCUGCAAAUACGAAGAGCAAACCAACUGCAACUGGGGGGCUAAGUUGGGCUUCAGAUAUGGGUCCUUGGUUGAGGACUAUUAUACUAGCUUUCGGUUACAUUGUGAGGGAUGGAAGUCUGCAUAUUGCAAUCCUAACAGGCCUGUAUUUAUUGGCGACGCUCCUAUCACACUAGUUGACGCAUUAAACCAAACCAAGAGAUGGGAUGUGGGCCUCCUCGAGGUUUCCAUAUCCAAAUACAACCCAUUAACUUUUGGGGUCAAGAGUAUGGGGCUACUAACGGGCCUUUGCUAUACCUACUAUGCUUUUUUGCCAAUUUUAUCAAUUCCAAUCACCAUAUAUGCAUUUUUGCCUCAAUUCACCCUUCUCAACGGAAUCUCCAUCUUCCCAGAGGUCUCGAAUAAAUGGUUCAUCGUGUAUGUUUUUCUAUUUAUGGGGGCUUAUGGACAAGAUUGUUUGGACUUCAUGUUAGCUGAAGAGACCUUUCAGAAGUGGUGGAGUGACCAACGGAUGUGGAUGUUGAGGGGGGUGACAACCCAUCUUUUCGGGUCAAUUGAGUUUGCCUCCAAGCACCUAGGCAUAGCUACACAAGGGUUUAGCAUAACUAGCAAAGUGGAAGAUAAUGAACAAAGAAAGAGGUAUGAUCAAGGCACCUUUGAGUUUGGAGUCCAUUCGCCUAUGUUUGUAUCGCUCGCAGUGGUUGCAAUCAUCAACUUCACGGCUUUCUUUGGAGGGUCGAUUAAAGUAUUUCUCACAGGUACUGGUAACGCAAACCAAUUGUUUGUUCAAAUGUUCAUUGCUGGCUUUGUGGUUGUUAACUGUUGGCCAGUGUAUGAUGCCAUGGUGUUGAGGACUGAUAAAGGGAGGAUACCUGCCAAAACCACCAUCAUUUCCAUAUGUUUGUCUUUGACUUUUUAUGUAGUGGCUUCUUUUAUGCUCAACCAUCCUUUACUUAGUUGAUUUGAUUUGGUUGUAUAUAGAAAUGUUUCAACUUCUAGAAUUUAUAUGCAUAUAUAUAUAUAUAUAUAUGUUAUCAUAAUUAGUAUUUUAUAAUAAGGGUAGUUUAGUCU